GUGUUUGUUUUUUUAAAAAUUGCAGGUAAUUUGAAAUACAAUAUCCAGUGAAAUAGUAUACAAAUAUGGCUACCACGACCGAGGGUGAAUUGGUGAAUGGCGAAAUUGAAAACGCGACUGAAGAACCGCAAACUAAAGAAAAAAAACAUGACAAGGCUGCUUGUGCUGACCUGGAAAAAAUAACCGAUUAUGAAGAAGAUAAGGAAAUAAACAACCAAGAUAUAGGAAAUGCGAUAUCACUUAUUGAAGGAAGGCGGAGUGAAGAAGGAAAAAAGAAAGCUGCGAGAGAAAAAGAACUGUCCCAAGUGAAAGUAAAAAAAGAAGAUAUUGAACUGAUAGUAAAAGAAAUGGAAGUUUCACAAAGUAUAGCGGAAAGGAAAUUAAGAGAAGCUAGUGGUGACGUAGAACAGGCGCUUAUUGCGUUAACCAAUUAAAAUGCCAAAUCCUAUCGAAUGCUCCACAGCUAUUCUAUUGUUGUUCAGACAUGAGCCGAAAUACGAAAAUGAAGAUUUGUAGAAUCAGCUAAAUGAAUAGUCCGACAAUUUUGUGAUAUAAUUGUUUAUAUGUGGCGCUGACUUUAAAGUUUUAUUUUGAAAAUAAUAUUCGUCCAUUUGUA